AAUAUGUCUGAAAACGGGCUUAAUGGAAACUCGAACUUGCUAUAAAAGAUUCUUUAAUUUGCAGAAACCAGCCAAGCAGUAUACUGCAAUAGCCAUGCGCUAGUGACUCUACUACCAAACCAUUUUAUUGAAAUGAAGACCCUAUGAUUACGCAGAAUCAUACUAACCCACUUGGUCGAUGAAAAUUAUUCAAACUGCGCAACCAAGUGGUUUGGUAGCUUUCUGCAAAAAUCAGUUCUUGUACAUAACCUAUCUGAUUUUGCGAGUUUUAAAAUCAGACCCCGUCGGAAUUCUGUUAUUGUGUUAGUUAGUUAAGUUAGUGUAGUUGAUUUUCAGUUUCCUUGGUGCAGCAUAGUUAAGUUAAUCAUGUUUAACAAUCGGACAUUAAAAAUAAUUACUUUACUUAAGAAUAAAAACCAACUUUCCGGUAAGAUGCAUUUUCUGGUGUACUCAAUAGCUACUGCAUUUUCGAUUUCGUGUUGUUAUAGGAGAUAGUAAGAUAGAAAGUGAAAAGAACAUUUCGUUCAAUGUAGAAUCAGAAAAUCUCGUGGAAGACGUGAUCCUUCCUAGUUCAAAUAAGUCAAACGCCUAUGAAGUGAAUAAAUCAGAAGAGGACCUCACGUAUCCAGAAAAUUGUAACAAGACCGAUAACAACAUUAUUAGCACUGACCAAACCGAACUUGUGGAACAAGACAAAGACUACGAAAUUCAUCCUAGUACCAGUAGCUAUAAAGACAAACACUAUGAAAAUGCCGGUACCUAUCCAUCCGAAGAUGACGAUGAUUCUGUCCGUGAUCCAAAUUACGCGACCGAGAGCGAUUGUUCGGAAUCGGAUACAGCAAUGCACACAAAAGUAUCGCACGUUGUUGCUGAUGCUGAUGUUCAAGAAGGAAACCUAGAUAAGGAACGUAUAAGACCACGGAAAGGCAGAAAAAGAAAACAUGCAAAUGUUAGUAGAAGCGGAAACAAGGAAAAUCGAAACAGCAACCGGGAUUACUUUAACUAUAAAGGGAAGAAAAUUCAAGCAAAGACUUUUAUUGAUUUUGACUGUAAAUGCACAAUGAAAUGCCACGACAAUGUUUCCUUAGAAAUCCGAAAGAUAGAGUUUGAACGGUUUUGGUCUUUGAAGUCAUAUGAUAGCCAAGUCACUUUUAUUGCUGCUGGUGUACAACAGUUUCCUAAGAAGAGAUUGUAUGGAAGGGAUCCUGAUAAGCGACAAUUUUCUCGACGAUAUAAUAUACACGGCCAAAUUGUUUGUAAAAGCAUCUACCUCAAAACUCUGGGCAUAACAUCUUUCAGGGUGCACACAGCUCUUAAAAAAUUUAGGGGCGUUAUUCCUAUUACAGAUCAAAGGGGACAAAAACAAGGGGGCUAUAACAAAUUGGCGGACGAUAAAGUUCAAAAAGUAGUGGAUCAGAUUAAUCGUAUUCCAAAGUAUACUUCACACUAUCGUCGAGAAGCGACAACGGCGCAAUUCCUACCACCAGAUGUAACAAUACAAAAGAUGUUUGAGAUGUACCGUUUGGAAACGGAAAAUCCUGUGAGCUUUAGUUCCUACAAAAAAAUUUUCUACGAGCGUUUCAACUUGAAAUUUAAAAGUCUAAAGAAGGAUACGUGUAACACUUGCGACACUUUAAACAUGAAAGCUACAAAUGAAGCAAAUCUUAAUAAACAACAAGAAAUAAAAAAGCAACAUGAGAACCAUUUAGAAAACGCAGAAGGGGCUCAAAAAUUAAGACGGCAGGAUUUUAAAUUGGCAAAGGAAAAUGAUGAGUAUGAGUGCCUAACAUUCGACCUCUAAAAAACGUUGCCGUUACCCCGAAUCCCAACCAGCAUUGUUUUCUAUAAACGACAACUUUGGGUGUACAACUUGGGCGUACACAGCGGAAAAGAUGACAAAGGAUAUUGCUAUGUCUGGACAGAAGGGGUCGCCGGAAGAGGAGCGCAAGAGGUCGGAUCUUGCCUUUUGAAGCAUAUUGAAAACUUAAACAACAAUGUUAAUCAUCUUAUACUAUGGAGUGACUCAUGUGGAGGUCAGAAUAGAAAUAUAAAGCUCACUCUGAUGCUGAAAUAUAUUUUAAGUAAAUCUCCUAGUUUGGAUGAUAUUACUUUAAAGUUUUUACACUCCGGACAUAGUUUUCUUCCGAAUGAUUCAGACU